AUGACCCCCUACGAGUUCUCAGUAACUGAACCAGAUUCCUGUGAUAAGGGUGAUGUGCAGCGGACACUCAUCCAAGUGGACUUUGGCGAUGGCAUUGCAGUGUCGUACGUCAACCUCAGCUCCAUGGAAGAUGGGAUCAAACACGUGUAUCAGAAUGUGGGCAUUUUCCGAGUGACCGUGCAGGUGGACAACAGUCUGGGGUCUGACAGCGCCGUCCUGUACUUACAUGUAACUUGUCCUCUGGAGCACGUGCAUCUGUCUCUUCCCUUUGUCACCACAAAAAACAAAGAGGUCAACGCUACCGCAGUACUGUGGCCCAGCCAAGUGGGCACCCUCACAUAUGUGUGGUGGUAUGGAAACAACACAGAGCCCUUGAUCACCUUAGAAGGAAGCAUAUCAUUCAAGUUCACUUCUGAAGGAAUGAAUACCAUCACAGUGCAGGUCUCGGGGAAUGCCAUCCUACAAGACACAAAGACCAUCGCUGUGUAUGAGGAAUUCAGGUCUCUUCGCUUAUCCUUUUCUCCAAACCUGGAUGACUAUAACCCGGAUAUCCCCGAGUGGAGGAGAGACAUCAGUCGGGUCAUCAAAAAGUCCUUGGUGGAAGCCACAGGGGUUCCUAGCCCACACAUCCUGGUGGCAGUACUGCCUGGCUUACCCACUGCAGCAGAGCUCUUUGUUUUGCCCUAUCAGGAUCCAACAGGGGAAAACAAAAGGUCAUUGGAGGAUCUAGAGCAGCUAUCAGAAGUACUGAUCCACAAGCUCAACCAAAACUCUGUACACUUUGAGCUAAAGCCUGGAGUCCAAGUUCUUGUCCAUGCUGCUCACUUAACAGCAGCUCCACUGGUGGACCUCACUCCAACUCACAGUGGAUCCGCCAUGCUAAUGCUACUCUCCGUGGUGUUUGUGGGGCUAGCUGUGUUUGUCAUCUACAAGUUUAAAAGGAAGAUCCCGGGGAUUAAUGUUUAUGCCCAGAUGCAGAAUGAGAAAGAACAAGAGAUGAUCAGUCCAGUCAGUCACACUGAAAGCAGGCCCAGUAUCCCUCACACUGAACUCAGGAGGCCUGGCCAGCUUAUAGAUGAGAAGGUGGAAUCACAGCUCAUAGGUAAAUGA